CUCACGGGGAGCGAGAGUCGUUAGCGAAUAGCAAUGCAAGACAUACAGUCGAUCGUAGGCAGCGGCGGCGGAGGUGGAGGAGACAAGAGGUUACGGCAGCAGAACCACCACCUUCCCCUCAACUGCCCCCGCUGCGAUUCUCUCAACACAAAAUUCUGUUACUACAACAACUACAACCUCUCUCAACCACGUCAUUUCUGCAAGAGCUGCCGUCGUUACUGGACAAGAGGUGGCGUACUUCGAAACGUCCCCGUUGGCGGUGGCUGCCGCAAGGCCAAGCGCUCCAAAACCAAACCUGCGACCGAAAUCACCGCAGCCUCCGCCGUCUCUGCAGAUCCACAGCUACAGCAACAACACCGUGAACAUCAAUUCAAAGAGAAUUCUAAUUCUAGCAGCGAGAGUUUGAGUCUUACUGCAGCCAAUUUUAACGUUCCGGUGACGGACAGCAACAACAGUAGCUCCGCGGGCAGCACAGCCGAAGCGGCGUCGGGAGUAACAUAUCAUUCUAGCUUGAUAAAUGUAAACGAUUCGAAGUUUUACCGGAACCGUAAUAAUUUAGGGUUGACGGAGAUUGGGAGCUUUACCAGCGUGGCCGCAUCGUCGAACGAUGAAACGGUGCCGUUUGGUUCUGGUUCGGCUGCGUUAAAUGAGCAAGCACAGUGGAAUGAUGUCACCAGGGGAUUAUUGCUUGAUCAGACGGUGCAGAUUGAGUUAUCAGAAUUGCAUCAUAGAUCGGAGGGUGCAGGUUGUGGAGGAUUUGGACCGUUUGAUUGGGAAGGGAAUGGGUUUCAACGGACAGAGUUGGGUGAUCUUUGCAACGAAACUGUUGAUCAGACGUACUGGAACGGAAGUCAGUGGGAUAAUAAAUAUGAUCCGUCACUCUAUCUCCCGUAAAUUGUAUCUUACCUUUAAUUUCCAUUUAAAUUAUUUAUUAACUACACUAAUUAAAAAAUAUAUAUGAGUUUGAU